AUGGAAGCCAUCUGGACCUUCAUUCCCCCUUUUGCCAUACCCCACUGGAACCUCAAAGGUGUUUAUGUUCAUCACGCCUUUAUGAUCGAUUCUCGUGGAGGUCUCUGUCGAAUCCCCCAGCAAGAUGUUCGAUAUGCCCGGAAUCAACUCCUAGCAUUCUUCCGAUAUCUAGACGCCUCCAAGAUAGUCCUUUGGCCUUGGUAUAUCUCUCCCCUCCUCUCCACUACCUCAGACUCUCCUCAUCCUGUGGAUGGCUUCCUGUCUAUCAUGUGUCUCGUCGUGAUUGAUGGCCGUCUUCUCCACAAAGCUCGGACAGGUUCCCUUCGUCGGCACCUGCUUCCCUCGUCAAUAGACACUCUUCAACACUUUGUAUUUUUCUGCCCUGGCAAGCUUCAGGCCGUUGGUCUCCUCACUCACACCAGUCUCUCACCUUCCGUCUCCCAGUCCCUCCAGCUUUUGGCAGCUUCCACAACAUCUCACGCCAUUUGGUGUGCUCAUUGGGCUACAGUCUUUGACAAUACCCUCUUUCUUCCUGAAAAUUUUGCCACCAAGGCUGUACAUGCCACCCGAAUAGCUGGUGAAGAGCUUACGCCGAUUUUUGACAGUGUUGAGCAAAAUGCCUUCAACAUCUUUGUCAGCUUUGUUGACUGCAGCUCUUGCGUCUUCCCAAAGUUCUCCUCUUUUUCUGAGCUUGGGGUUCCAUGGGUGCUUUUCCAACAAGACGUCAUCCAAUGCAAGAUCUCUUUUGUUAUUAAAGGACACAUUCUUUCUGCCAGUUUUGCUGUUCUUAUCAGCUUUUGGAGUCUUGAGUUUUUUUCGGGUACUUCUGGUAGUGUUCUUCAAGCCGUAAAUGAUUACGCUCUUUCUAAUAACUUUACCGUUAAGAUUAAGAAUGGAAAAUUCCUUAUCCUUCACAUUGCUUGUUCAAAGGCUGGUGUUUAUCGUGACAAGCGCAAUAUAAGUGAUGAGAAAAGAAAGAAGACACACAACUCUUCUCUUACUGAAUGCCCCUAUCUCUUAAGAUUUUCUUAUAAGAAGAAGAGCAAAAAAUAUCUUCCUUUGCCCGCCUAUGGGGAAAACGAACAUUGCCACAGCCAUCCUGUCACCCCUAAGAAUUUGGCUUCUUCUCACCAAGGAAGAAUGUCUCUUUUGCCUGCUGAAGAUGCCACUAUUGCAAAGACAAUAUUGGAGAAUCACGCCAAGUCCCGUUGUUGUGGUGGUUGA